UUCAAGCUCCGCUGGUACUUGCUGCCAUGAGCCUUUUUCUGGAUGUUAUCAAUCAAAUCAUUUGUAGCCAAAGGUAUUGACAAACCUCCAUCUUCUCCAUCAGUCUGUGGUCUGGACGCCGAGAUGAGCAGUCGCAUUUUUUUUCUCUCCCGCUCGGGAAUACAAUCAACCACUAGGAUAAUACCACACUUUCUCUUUUUUCUACGGUGGAUCACGGAUUUAUAUUUGAAACCACCACGGAUACAAUACCCUCUUGAAAAUGAGAGUCGUGAACGCGAAAUGGACAAUCACUGCGAAUUUUACCUUCUCGGUAAUGUAUCGACGAAGCACCUGGGCUGCGGAGGUAAUGUGAUCCACUCUCACCUCACAGUGGAUCGGAACAGAAGAAACAAGCCCCUGACUGGAAGGAUAGACCGAAAAUCUAUAAUUGUACUAUUACUUCUACUCUCAGGAGACACUGAACUAAACCCUGGACCAAUAACCACCCGGUUAAUGUUGUCUCACCUGGCGAAGCCUAGCAAUGUUGUUGCUAACGACGCCGAGGAAGCUAGCGUAGCUGCGGGACCUUGUCGGAGCUAUGCUAAAAACAUUAGCUCUCCACCUAUGCCAGCUCCUACUUGUUCAUCACCACACGAGCUCACCUGCGAUCCAGCGGUCGGCGGCACGACGGAGGACUUCACCCCGAACAUCGGUGCGGUUGGCGGCCCAGAGAUGGAGGAAGACUGCUCAGACACCGGUGAGGACAGCGGCUCAGCGGCGGACGGCGUAACGGCUUCUGACGACUCCCUGGCCACCAUUAAAGUCGGCAGCGCGGAGGUCCUCCUAACCUCUCCCGAAACCUUGAGGGUCAUCGUCGCGUCACCUGGACCCCCCACGGCCUACACAGGUUUCGGGGGUCUCUUCGUGGAUCCAUGGUCUUUGUUCUCAACCUCACCAAAAUCCGCGAAAACCACACCUACCCCCACCACAGUUCCUACCUGGCCCCCCCUCCCCCUCUUCAACCACGCCGCUCCCCCAUCACCUGGACGACGAACAAUGGGCCUCUCUCCCUCUCCUCCUCCCCCAAGUCUUGCCACAGAAACCUCAAUAACAACCAACACCCCUCCAUCUUCUGGACAGUACUUCUCUCCAACGGACUCUGAUGUUCUCUUUGGUUCCGGUGGGCUACACAUCAUCCAUCUUAAUGUGAACAGCCUCUCUGGAAAUAAACUCGACCAAAUCAGAGAAAUGUUCCACAACAAUAAGAUCCCGAGGACCAUCGUGAAUGUGGUGCCGAUCCUCCCCAUGAAGCCUCUCAGAGAUGUCCACAAGCCGACGCUGGGUUGCCUGCUUCAAAAUUCCAGCCAGAAGGAGAAAAGGAGAUGAUUGACGCCUUCUCUGAGCCAACAAAACUCAUUUUUCCACCAAAGGAGCACCCUUACAUAUACACCAGACCAAAGAGCAAGUUGUCUGCACCAACAAUAGAACUAUCUUCUCUGAUGAAACUCUUGUUUGUUUGUGUCCUUUUUCUUUCUCUCUAGUAGUUGGAGUAAUUAACAUAAAUCGUACGCCUGCACCAUUCAUAGCAUCCAUGCAUGUUUCCACAAACUGCUCAUCAUUUUAUUAUGCUAUCUAUCUCAUUCUCAAGAUGACACAUUUUUACCUCUUUGCACGCCAUACACCAUUGUGUCUUAACCAUAGGGCCAGUAUGGAGGUUCAUUUCUGAAAGCUGUUUUUGACACUGUUUGUGAAUUAAAUAUUUUUGCAUCAUAUUAUACUGGCAAUUUCUUUGAAAAGAAUUGAUUAAUUAAUUGUAUGAAAAUUAAUUGUAGAAAAAGUUGGUGUAGCAAAAUUAAUUGUUUAAAGUUAAAGUUAAAGUACCAAUGAUUGUCACACACUCACUAGGUGUGGGGAAAUUUGUCCUCCGCAUUUGACCCAUCCCCUUGUUCACCCCCUGGGAAGUGAGGGGAGCAGUGGGCAGCAGCAGUGCCGUGCCCGGUAUCCAUUUAUGGUGAUUUAACCCCCAAUUCCAACCCUUGAUGCUGAGUGCCAAGCAGGAAGGCAAUGGGUCCCAUUUUUUUAUAGUCUUUGGUAUGACUCGGCCGGGAUUUGAACUCCCAACCUACCGGUCUCAGGCCGUACAGUGAUUUAAAAAUGUAAUGUUCAAAAGUUCAGUGUGAAGUGAUUACAUUUAUAGAGCGCUUAUAGUGACUCAACGCGCUUUACAUAGACAAACCCAUUAGCUACAUCUUUAAACUAGAUAUAAACCAGUUUUGGUGGAACUGCGUCUUGUCCAAGGACACAACGUCGGAGAAUAGGAUAACAGAAGCGGGAAUCGAACCUAGAACCCUCAUUUUGCUGGUACGGCCUCUCUUUCAACCGAGCCACGCUGCUCCGUAUAACGAUUCAGUGUUUAAAAAAACAGUGUAGAAAAAUUUGCUGCUUCAGAACGCAAGACACACUUCCAGUAAAUUAAGGCUGAAGCAAUCGAUCCUGUCUCAGAACCAGCCGAUGAGGUGUCAAGUUUGAAGUCACGUGACACAGGUCGUUAAAAAGAGGCAGGUUAUGCAGCACCAAGGGCGUCGCCAGACAGAUUUCACUGGGGCACGUGCCCCAGUGUUGAUCUGCAGUGUCCCAGUAAAAAUUUCACCAAUAAAAUAAAAACGCUUCAGAGUUUUAAGUCUACAUAACAUAGACAACAGCGCACAUACUACUUAGUAUGGUAAUUGAUUGCUACUGUAUUCACUCCACUUAACAAUGAGCAUAUGGCUAAUUAAUAUGGUAAUUUAUCCACGUAUGGAUUGAGACUUCGGUUGAGAGAGAGAGACAGAGAGAGACAGACAGAGAGAGAGAGAGGGAGAGAGAGAGAGAGAGAGAGAGAGAGAGAGAGAGAGAGAGAGGCUGCGAAUCACUCCUGAGGUAGGUAACGUUAGCCAAAAACAAUUUGUUAGUUAUAUUAUUUUGAUUUUGAUUUGACUCAAACUGUAACACCUAGAUGGAUAUCAGAAAGUUAUUCGCCCGCAGCAGAGAAGAAGCAGCAGGAAUGAGAGAUGUAAGGGAAGUCCUAGCUAGCUAGGCAACAUCAUUGUCUUAAGUUGAUGCUAAGUUAGCUAACAUUAGUCCUUGUAUCAAGACAAACAUAUUCAUUUGCUGUACGAGCUGUCGGGGGAAUUUCCAAUCAACAUGAACCAUAAUGUUGGUUAUUGUCUGCUGGUUCUGCAUCAAUGAUGAUUUGGAGUCAGCAUGUGUUAGUUGAGUGCUUCUCAAAUGGUUUAUCUCCAGGAAGAAAAAGAUGUUUCCAUAUCAUCAAGUCGUGAGCCAAAUUUUUUAUUCAUUCAAGUGUAUUUCACAGAAAAAUAGCACAGUAGACUUGUCUCGUUAAUCGGUGUGACUUUGACUAAAAUAAUCUUGUUUUGUCACCAGAAAAAUGGCUACAGCUAAAGCAUCCAGUUUUGUUUCCAGAAAAAAUAGUAACAUUUCUGUAUUUGUUUUCAGUAAGAUGUCUGAAAAUAUCGGGUUUUGUUGCCCCAUUUAGAUUUUUUUAAAAUAUAUUUCCAUGUCUGUCCUGAGUCCUCCUCCAACUUGUUAGUCAGUUUGCCUUUUGCUAAAAUACUCACUGAUAGUCACUAGUAAAAUGGCUAAAAAUAUCUGGUUUUGUUGCCACAAUUUGAUUUUUUUCUGCCUAAGCUUUUUUUUUUCAUGCACACAUCUGACUGCGACUCACUGAAAAUGACACACAAUCCACUUUUAUGUCACGACCCAGCAGUUGGGAACCACUGGUCAACUGUAUAACAGUUACUGUAAUAUUUCCAUGUAUGUCCAGAGUGAUUGACCACUUUGCAAAAAUGAAAACGAGACGUUACAGUUUACUUCUCAGAAAAGGAUUCCCUGAACAAACACACAACAGUUGUUCAUUUAUUCUACUACUGUGGCUUUAUUGUUUUGUGUAUAUUUUAUAGUUUUGUGUAUCUGAAAUGGGAUUAGCCACAUUGCCAUAAAUGGAAAUUAAAUAAUAUAAAAGAACCCAGAGAUGUGGGGUGCUUUAUUUUUUGUUUUACUUUUGUAGAUGUUAAAUUUGCAGAUGAUUACUGCAAUAAAUAUUUCAAAAAGAUUCAUUGCUCUUCCUUUUUGCUUUUACCAGUAGCAGUUUAGAGGUCUGGAGUAAA